CUUCAGCGCGCCUGCUCGGCCGCAGGAGCUCCCCUACCCGUCUCGCGGCUGCUGUACUGCACUGACGGCCGUCGCCCGCGCUUCAGAAUUACUGAUUUGUUCUUGAGACAACUCUGCUCUUAUCUGUACUCAUGGAUGAACUUCAGGAUGUACAGCUCACAGAGAUCAAACCACUUCUAAAUGAUAAGAAUGGGACACGAAACUUCCAGGACUUUGACUGUCAGGAACAUGAUAUAGAAACAACUCAUGGUGUGGUCCAUGUCACGAUAAGAGGCUUACCGAAGGGAAAUAGACCGGUUAUCCUAACAUAUCAUGACAUUGGACUCAAUCAUAAAUCCUGUUUCAACACAUUCUUCAACUUUGAAGAUAUGCAAGAGAUCACUCAGCAUUUCGCUGUGUGUCACGUGGAUGCCCCGGGGCAGCAGGAAGGUGCACCUUCUUUCCCAACCGGGUACCAGUACCCUACAAUGGACGAGCUGGCUGAAAUGCUGCCUCCUGUUCUUACCCACUUAAGUCUGAAGAGCAUCAUCGGGAUUGGAGUUGGAGCUGGAGCUUACAUCCUCAGCAGAUUUGCACUCAGUCAUCCAGAACUUGUGGAAGGCCUUGUACUCAUUAACAUUGACCCAUGCGCUAAAGGUUGGAUUGACUGGGCAGCUUCCAAAAUCUCUGGCUUGACAAUGAACAUUGUGGACAUUAUUUUGGCUCAUCAUUUUGGGCAGGAAGAACUACAGGCCAACCUGGACCUGAUUCAAACCUACAGACUGCAUAUUGCCCAAGAUAUCAACCAAGAAAACCUACAGCUCUUUCUGGGUUCCUAUAAUGGACGCAGAGACCUGGAAAUUGAAAGACCCAUUCUAGGCCAAAAUGAUAACAGAUUAAAAACAUUAAAGUGUUCUACUUUACUGGUGGUUGGGGACAAUUCACCUGCUGUGGAGGCUGUGGUUGAAUGUAAUUCUCGCCUCAACCCUAUAAAUACAACUUUGCUAAAGAUGGCAGACUGUGGGGGACUGCCCCAAGUAGUUCAGCCUGGGAAGCUCACCGAGGCCUUCAAGUACUUUUUGCAGGGAAUGGGCUACAUCCCGUAUGUGCAGCUCAGUCACCUCAGCACCGAGUCAGUACCAUCUGCCGGCAUGACGCGGCUCGCCAGAUCACGAACCCACUCAACCUCAAGUAGCAUUGGCUCUGGAGAAAGUCCCUUCAGCCGGUCUGUCACCAGCAAUCAUUCAGAUGGAACUCAAGAGUCCUGUGAGUCCCCUGAUGCCCUGGACAGACAUCAGACCAUGGAGGUGUCCUGCUAAGCAGAUGCUCCUCCCGGACCAUGCAAGUCCAUCCUCCUUCAGACUACCACUCCAUACCACAUUUCACCUGUAAACUGGCCUUCACUGUCUUUAACUCAUGCAUGGCCACUGAACCUUUCUCUAGUAGCCUGGAUUUAUCAUUCUCUGCCCAUCCACCCCUUUUUUGUAUAUACCGAGAACCACAUCCAUGCCAUUACUGUAACAUUCCAACAUCUUUAAUUGAUCUAAUUUCCAUAUCUUCUCUUGCCAGCUUUUUUCUGUGCUCCCUCAACUAUGUAUCUGAUAAGAUUCUUUGAUCCUCAGCUCUGUGUGUGCGAGCACGUGUGUCUGUGUUUGUGUGUGCAUAGUUCUGUAAUUUUAGACAUGCUUUCUUGUAGUGCUUCAGCAAAAAAGAAAAGGGAAUUUUUUGUUUUGCAUUCUCAAUGAUAUUUUUUAAGGGAAAGGUACAGAACAUAUAUCUAGAUGAGAUAGGCCACUAGAUUCUCUUUUGGUUCCAAAUUGGUCAACAAGAUUUACAGAAUGAUUUCUAGAAAGAGCAACUCUGAGGAAUGUAGAAAACUGUAAUACUGUUUGGACUGUUAAUUGAUUCUGACCAGUAGCAAAAGGGUUGGCUUUUAUGUAGGAGUAGGCGAGGGCACCAGCUACUGCCUUCUUUCCAGAUGGCUUCACAUAGCCUCUUCUAUAAUUAAACGGGAGGAAUAUAGCCUGUUGGAAGCUCAUGAACAAUGAAGUUCUGACACACAUAAAGUUUUCUCUAAAGGAGCUACUUGAUUACUAGAACCUCUUAGCAUGAGAAGUAGAAAACAAAAUGCCAGGCCUCCACUCUGCAGAGCAAAACUGCUGUCACUACCAUUUGAUAACUACUUUCCAGACAGGCACACAUCUGCCAGAGGAGCCUCUCAGGUGUGUGAUGGAGAGGGUUCUCUAUCUCCUGAUCUCAAAAAAAGGGAGAAGUAUAGCUCAAAAACUGUGUCACUGGUGAGGAAAUGCAUGGGAGGAGUGGAACAACCAUUGACAGUAUCAUGUUGAGUCUUGAUUUCAGUAGACUUAAAGAUCAAUUGAAUAGAUAACUGAUUUUGAGAAACAGUCUUAAUUCUAUAAACUCCGACUUAUAAGAAGGAAGGGGCCAAGUUGUAAGGACAGCCUUGUCCAGGUAAAAUUAUUUUCUGCCCCUGUCCGCUGUGAGGGGCUCCAGGCCCUCCAGAGUGUACCACUGGGCAGAGAGGAAAGAACCAUGGAGAGCAGCUGCCACACAGCAGGACCCCAGCCAUGGCACAUCUAGCUGUAAGCUCAGGGUUACACUGUUCCCAGUCUUGGGAGAAGAUUUUCAGAUACAUUGUUUUGCUUUCUGCUAAGAUAAGGAAUUGUCACUCUGUCAGAGUAUGACUUUUUACAGAUUAUUAAAUAAAGCUGUAUAUGUCUCAUUGUUA